AUGCCAUCGGUCCAUUGCCAACGCGUCUAUGGAGUCAAAAUCUCCAACGGAGCGAGCCUGGUUCUCGUCAUCCCCCCGCCGCCCAUGGUCAAGCUCCUGCGAUCUGAACGCGCCUCCGUCAUCUCGGAGGCUGCCGUCUUGAGAUGGCUUGCUGGCAAGACCGUCGAGCCGCCUCUGCUCCAUGAGAAAAUUACGGAACCGGAAGACUUACUCGAAUCAACCUCUCCCAUAGCCAGCGUUACAAGCGAGGCCACCAAUUAUGCUGAUGCCGCGGUGCAAGAACUGCGGGCGUUCAUCCCGGUACUCAUAUCACAUACAGCUGGAUCGAACGAGUUGGACCUCGAAUAUAAUCUCGUCAAGCCAACACUCGGCACCCCCAUCUCCGAACUUAACCCGCCACUCUCGUCAUCUGAACGAAGAACAGUCGAUUUCCAGACUGGCCAACUGUUUCGAGAGCUUUGCAAGCAAGUGUCGCCGACUGGGAGAUUUGGGCCUGCGUUUGCUGUUCUACCUACGUUUGCGCCAACACCAGCUAAAGAUCCCACGAAACCAGCGAGGCGAGAUGUCACCGGGAGAUUGAUAGAAUCAAGAGGAGUCCACUCCUGGACCACGGCCUUUCACUCAAUGCUAGAAGCCGUUCUUCGUGAUGGGGAGGAUAUGCAAGUCAUGUUGGGUUACAGUACCAUCCGCCAGCAGUUCAAGCGCUUUGAGUACAUGCUGGAUGGGAUCAAAACACCCCGGCUUGUGGCUGUUGAUGUUGGGAAAGAUGUCAACACACUUGUGCUCAGGAAACGGGACCGGGGAGACAGCGCAUGUCUGGUACACGGUAGACCCAUGGGCAGGUUGCAAGACAGGAACCGACACGGCAGCGACGCAGGGAGUGAGGUUGACGACGAGCACGACAUCCGUUCAAAUUCAGGAGAUAGCACGACACUUGCCCUCCACCGCGACCAUGGCAUCAUCAUGGCUGGCAUGAAAGAUUGGAGUAACUUCGUCUUUGGAGAUCCAUUAUUUGCUCUAAAUCUUGGUCGUGAACCCAGCAGUGAUUUUCUCGGGGGAUUCAACGGAGAUCUGAACAAUAGACACACCAUCAUGUCGAUGUUUUCCUCGGACUUGAUUGAAGACAAGGAGAGGGCUCACGUCCGCCUUCUGCUGUACGACUGCUACCACACAGUCACGCACAUCGCCAGGACAUACUUCCGCCCGCAAAAGGAUAUCAAUGGGCGUGAGUUGGAGGCGCGGAAGAGGCUAAAUACUAUAUUGGCGCAGCUUGAUGCUCUCGAUGAUGCUGGCACCCGGAGAGGGAGAACAGCAAGUGGCGAAUCAAGCCCAGCGAGAAAACGGUCCAAGAGCGGGGAAUCGUCUGACUGA